AUGUUCUUUGUUCUCGCAGCAAGUGUAACCUCUAUUCCAGCUAGGAGAUCAAAACUCCUGAAGAUGCAUCCAAAUCCAUAUUUAUACCCAAGACUUCAACGCAAAGCAACAAAUGGCUGGCUUUCUGAUGCUAUUGAGGAGAGGCUUGUUAAGCCAUUAAGAAGGCUUGGCUUGCAAGAGGCAGAAUCAAACAACCUUUAUGAUUUCAUUGUUCCAAGUCUCCGACAUUAUGACUCCAGAAAGGCAACAAAUGGCUGGCUUUCUGAUGCUAUUGAGGAGAGGAUUGUUAAGCCAUUAAGAAGGCUUGGCUUGCAGGAAGCUGAUGAAUAA